GCGUAAACCGCAGGAGACAUGAUGAAAAAUGAAGAGGAUGAUUUCGUAAAACUGAAUAGUGCAUAACCAUAUCGAUUUCAAGUCAUUCGGUUAUACCUCGUUUCAGUGACGAAAAUGAGUUCCGAAUUAACAUUAGGCGUACGCCUAGACCCUCAAACAUUGACUACGAUUAAAUUAAGUGACAUUAAUUUCAAAACAAAAGUCGAGGAGCUGAAGCAAGAAACGGCUGGGAGAGUUAACCUCUCCAAAGACCUAUUCGAAUUAAUUUAUUGCGGAUGCAUCCUCGAAGAUGAUCAAACUUUGGAAUACUACGGUUUGAAAAACGGUGCAAUGGUGCACGUAUUAAGAAAAAGGGAACGAGAGACGCUAUCGUUCCCUAGAUUCAUACCAGAAGACAGUAUUUUACAACUACUCCGAAGCGCUUUGAACGGUUUAGGUAAAAAGCCAGAGGUUAUGGACAAUAUCAUUUCGUCUUCUCCUGGAUUGCACGAAGACGCUGUAGCGAUCGCUGUCUUACAAGAUCCUGAAUUAAUGGCAUGUUUCACAGACGUAGACACUGUCCGAAGAUUCGCGAAGGCACAUCCGGUUUUGGUCGAAGCUGCUCAGAACAUAGCAGCUGCAGUGCAUGCGGAGGUGCAUAAGAACGCGACGACUGGCUCGAACUCCUUGCCAAAUUCACAGCCUGCAGCCUGCCCUUACAAUUUAGACAAUUUAAGCGACGAUGAGGAGAUGGCAGGAGACUCGUCUCAAUCCUCGGAUUCCACACAGCCGACGAAUCUGCCCGUACCUUCUAACGUGCCCGCCACUGUGCCUUCGAACGUAACCUCGAACGUAACCUCGAACGUAACUUCUACACGGCCGAACACUGCGAUCACCACCGCACAAUUGGAAGCGUCGUUGAGCAGAGCAAGAGCCAGAAGCAGCUACUCAUCCGCGAAUCCUCCAUCGACCAGCAUUAUGAACAAUCCUGAAAUUAUAACCACGGAAAUGUUCACGCGAGCGAUGCAGCAAGUGCACGCGCCGGCUAUUACGCCUCGGGCGAUUGAAUUACGGAGGUUAUUGGGACAGAUGCACGAAUUAGGACUGCGUAAUGACACUCUUAACCUCCGCGCGUUGUAUUUAACCAAUUGCGACGUCCAAGCAGCGAUCGAACUCGUGUUCAGUGGCUUUGGCAGUAAUUAAGUUCGAAAUUAGAGUCUGUGAUCUGUUAGCGUUGCACGCAGAACGUAUAAAUUGUACGUCUCUUACUUUUAAAUCUUAUAACCUAAAAAAAAUAAGGAAAUUUUCGUUAAUCGGUUAAUUGACACGGCGCAACAUCGCUAAGGAUUUCGUCGGAUCACUAAAAGCGUUAUGGCUUGUUUAUAUACUUUUGAUAAUCUUAUUGAUAAUCAUAUUUUAUACAGUUUUGUUAAAUGUACAUAAAGCGAUUAAAUAAAGCGAUAACAAUUCG